UCUGCCUUGCUUCAGAUGUUAGUGUCAGUUUUCUAUGUUCAGUUUUCCAACACAUUUACAGAUAAGGUUGACAGAGAAAAAGGACACUGAUUAUUGGGUUUGUUUCUGAGUUUUGUGUCUGUUUCUUUGUUUUCCAGAGAGCUACUUAAUUAGCUUGCUUUGAUCUGCAUUUAUGUCGUCCAAGAACCAAACGGAGACCCGGAUGGACGGUCUAGAGAAGACAAACGGCGGGGUUGGUGGUGAUUCAGACGACAGGUGUCCGGUGGAGGAGGUGGCACUGGUGGUGCCGGAGACCGAUGACCCAUCACUGCCGGUGAUGACUUUCCGGGCAUGGUUUCUGGGGUUGACCUCAUGCGUCGUCCUCAUCUUCCUCAACACCUUCUUCACGUACCGCACGCAGCCCCUGACAAUCUCGGCCAUCCUCAUGCAAAUCGCCGCCCUGCCCAUUGGGAAGUUCAUGGCCUCCACGCUGCCUAGGACGGAGUACAGCCUGUUUGGAUGGAGGUUCAGCUUAAAUCCUGGGCCGUUCAACAUGAAGGAGCAUGUCAUCAUCACCAUCUUCGCCAAUUGUGGCGUGUCUUAUGGUGGGGGUGAUGCCUACUCAAUCGGUGCCAUUACGGUCAUGAAGGCUUAUUAUAAGCAGAGCUUGAGUUUCCUUUGUGGCCUCUUCAUCGUACUGUCGACGCAGAUUUUGGGGUAUGGAUGGGCUGGAAUGCUUAGGAGAUAC